UUCGCAGCCCCAGCUCAAUCCACUGAGCUACGCCAGCCAGGGCAGGAGGGUGUUUUUAAAGCCUGUAGAGAAAACCAAACAGUUCACCCUUGUCGUGUUUAUGACGUUUCCAACACAAAGAAGUUAAAGAAUGUUUUUUCCAGACAGGUGUGCAACGGGCUGAUACUGCAAAGCCCUCUCUCCAGUAACUUCCUUCCUUAGAAGAAAGAAUGAUUAGAGCUGACCUGGCUCGGUGGCAGCAGGAGGUUUGCUGCUUUGAGAGUGUUGUUCGCAGAAAGAAUCCUGGCAGGACAGCCCUGAGUCUGAGGCUGACACACUUCCCUGUCCGUGUUCCAGGGAGUCCAGAGCGAGGUUUCUGCAACAAACCGAGGCGCUGUCGACCUUCAGAGCAGUUGCUGCACCCCAGCCGCCCCUUUAGUUCAGCGGCUGGAGAACUGCUUAGGUUCCUUGGUUCUUUCCAGGGCGUGGGGGUGGCUCCUGGGUUUUCUCAGGCUUUGGGUGUAAAAGCAUUAAUUUAUUUUGAGGUGCUGGCAGAUGAGUGUUUUAAAAAGAAAGAUGAACAACCAAUUCUUCGGUUCCACACAGAUUAUAACCUUCCUUUGCUUUGGUAAAAUCCUUGUCCAAAGGGAUCUGUCUCGGCACCCAGCCCAGUGUCGGGCACAGAGCAGGAACUCGAAGUUGUAUCCGUGAGAAUCAGGUCCCUUUUCUCAGUUCAGAAACAAGCAGGUGAAACAAGAAACGCUUGUAAAUUAAGGUUUGGGUCUCACGGGUGGUAGGAUUUAGGCAGCCGAGAACUCACCAUUUCAUCCACUUCACAACCACCCGUUUUGGAAAGAGGUGUAGGCCCGACGCCUGAAUGAUCACAGGCCUAGAGAUGAAUCUGUUACGAAUACACAACAAGAACAUUCUGCGACGUCCUGAGUUGGUGACAGCGGCCCGGAGGUCGCAGGAAGAGACAAGCAUAGGUUGUCAGCUAACAACAGGGUAAAACCAGCAGAGGCCGGAAGGCUGCUGAGUGUGCGCAUUAACCUACACCCAGGGGCCUAUUCUAGGAUUAUCCAAAGAGAACACCCCGGAUGCACCAGCUGUCGCAGGGCAAACACUUCUCCUCCGACCCCGCCUGCCUCCUCCCGCCCCUUCAUCUGUGGAGACGUCUGUCUUCCCCGACGUGGUGCGCAAAGGGCCGCGGGCUUCGCCGCCGGGCCACGGACCCGUCCUUCGCUGGCUCUCGGCCGUGCACGUGUUUUGUGUAAUACCACAGUCGGCUGAAACGCCCCCCGAGAGGAAGUCAGACCCAGCGGCGAGGGCCGCGUUUCUGCAGGGAAAUGGGACGCGGGAGCUCCCGAGCACGGUGACCCUCCGGAGCGCGCCGUCUGCAGCGCGCAUGUCCUCGGCCUUCAGGCUGGGCGCAGGUUUUCGCGGAGGGGCAACCCCAAGCAUCUUCACGCGGGAUGCACGCUCGCGCGGGACGCCUGGUCCCCCAACGUACGACGCCCUCGGGAGGCUCUUCCCCGCAAGGCGCCUGCGCCGCAGCACGUGACCGGUCGGGACCCGCGGAGAGAUCCCCGUGGUUUGGGAGGCAGAGUCUGCGGAGACAGCGGGAACCCAGCGAACGCCCGCGCCCCCGGGGGGACACGGCCUGACCAGCGCCGCGGCGGAACGCGCUUGCCGCGCGCUCGCCUGUGCACGGGGGAAGGCGGGGGCGGCGGACCCGGGAGGGCGGAAGUGAAGGAACGGAGGGGCUCUGCUUCCGGCGCCGGGGUCGCUACGCUGUCUUCGCGCUAUGGCGGCGCUUGGCCGGCAGGUCCUGGAGUGGCACCGCCUGGUCCCCCUCACCUGGGCGUGCGUCGCUGCGCAGACUGCUCGUCUUGGGGAACGGAGAAGGGCACCGGCCCUCUUGUUGUGUAAACUGGCCACAGCCUCCAGUGGAGGGGGCCUUGGGGGGCUUCCCCGUGUGGAAUCCGGAAAGCAUGUGCAGGAACCGGAGUGCAAGACGCGCCUCACGUGGUGCCCCCCCGAGAAACAGAGGGCUCCUGUGGACGGGGCGUCCGUGGAGCAAGAGGAGGCCAUCAGCUCCCUCCUGGACAUGGGUUUCAGUGGCGUCCACGCUCACGAACUGCUCCGCAUGCAGCCAGGGACCCACCCCCGACAGCUGCUGGACAUCGCUUCAGAGUUAAUACUCUUGGGUGUGAACCCAGAGCCUGCGUACGAGGCCUUGAAGAAGAGUCCUCAGUUACUGAGGCUGCCUGUGGUGCACGUGAAGAAGCGUGCCGCUUACCUGCGGAAGCUGGGGCUCGGAGAAGGGAAGCUGAAGAAGGUGCUUCACUGCUGCCCCGAGGUUCUCACCAUGCGCCACCGGGACCUCGACGGUGUCGUCCGGGUUCUCAGGGAGAAGUGCCUGUUCACAGCACAGCAAGUGACCGAGAUUUUGCACAGGUGUCCCCACGUUCUUCGGGCGGACCCCGGUGAGCUGGAGUACAAGUUCCAGUAUGCCUACUUCAGGAUGGGGGUGAAGCACGCGGACGUGGUGAGGACCGACUUCCUGCAGUACCCCAUCACCAAGACCAGGCAGAGGCACGCCUUCCUGGAGCGCCUGGGACGGUACCAGACCCCGGACAAGAAGGGGCAGACGCAGGUCCCUAACCCUCUGCUCAAGGACAUUCUCAGAGUUUCGGAAGCUGAGUUUCUGGCCAGGACGGCCUGUUCCUCUGCCGAGGAGUUUGAAGUUUUUAAGAAGCUCUUGGCUCGGGAGGAGGAGGCGGAGGCGGAGAGCCCCGUGCCUGGUGACGAGAGCCCCAGUGACGAGGACGAGGACUGGGAGGAGGAGGAGGAGGAGGAGCUGUGACAGGGCCCGGGGACACCUGAGGACGUUCUACUUCUCCCAGAGCCCUUGGGACCUCCCCUGGGAUCUUCUCAGGCCAUUGUUCAUCCCAGAACUGGUCUUUUGAUGAAAAACUACUGUAGAUCACUGAAAAGGAGGUCGGAGGGCCCUGCUGCAUUGUGAAUAAAAGACUGGCUCCCAGCUGUUAAAAUCAGGAACUCGGUGCACCAAAAUUGGGUUUUAUUUUCUCGGCGGUAGCUGUCGGGAGUCACCCCCUGACAGGGUGUGCUUCCGGAGUCCUUGUCUGUGUCCUUCUAGUGCUAAAGGCACAAUUAAGAGAAGACUGAGGUUUUAGCACAUCACAGCACUUUAUUUUAUGAAAACAAGUAGCAAGCUUUCCACAAAGAGACUCGUGUAUUGAAUCCGGAAGUGCUGCUUCCUAAUGGCAUUCAGUGUACAGCGGAGCAGGGGUGUGGGUCCGUGAUCGUCGGCCUCUGUGGCACAGCUGCUGCUGCCAGCGCGGCACUGGGCGCCCCUCUCGGAGGGGCGGGCCUGCCUCUGGCCUCAGGAGCCUGGCGUUCGUGCCCACUCAGCCAGUGGGCCACACCGGGGCCUGGUGUCACUGGCGGCCAGGAGUGCUGGCUCGGGGCUCACCAGAACCGAAGGGGCCGUGGAGCCGACCCAGCCAGGCAGCCCCAUCCUUUUGUGGGGGCUUCUGAUGCCAGAGGAGAAGAGCAUCUGAACAUGGCUGGGCCGGGGUCUGGUCAGGGUGGCAGUCUGGGAGCUCUCCGUGACACCGGAGAGGGAGAAGUCCCCUCAGGAGCCCUGUGAGUCUGAGCAGCGACUUGAGGCCUUGAGGUCAGAGGCCCGGCCCUGAUGGCAGGAGCUCCGUGACGGGGGAGGGUUGGUGGGGACCAGGCUGGUCGGCGUUCUGGGCACCCCUCCUUGGGCUGACGCUGCCCAGCAUUCCUUUCCCCGUGCACUGGGACACAGCAGGUCUGAGCCCUGUUUUCCGGGGGGUUCAGCGCUGAACUGAGGCAUGCGCUUGUGCGUUCCCGGGCUCCUGUUCCCCAUUCAACUGCAAAAGGAAGGUAUUGUUUGCAAAACACAAAUAGCUCAGGGGACCUCUGCCCCUGUGAGCUAGACAUCGUGGCCCCCGUCGGCCGGUGGGAGGCGGUCCAGCCAAGGAAAGGUGCUGGAGGUCGGUGACACACGGUGGCCCUUGCCCACUGGGCUCCUGAUGGCAGAGUGGCUCCAUUUCCUCUGUGACAGCCAUGCCCCGUGGGGAAAGGAGACACUUUGUCUUUCUCUUUCUUGGCCAUGGCCAAAAACUACGGAAAAGGAAGACGUCUCUCCGUGUGCCAGUGCUCUCACCAUCCGUUCUGUGGCACCCGUGUGACCAGCACAGGACUGAGCAGGACCCUGAACCGAUGCCUGACUGGAUGGUCCGGUCACCAGCCUGGUCCGCAGGUGGCUAACUCGGAAGCUCCCAGCCACUCCCUGUCGUUUUGGCAGAAAUAAACAUGUAUGCCCGAUAGUUUUCUGCUCCACGGUUGCUGGUUUCCUUGGGUGGACGGAGAGUAUUUUCGAGGAAGGCGUUUUACGAAGGAGACUUGUGAAAGCUCCGCUGGAGUGUUUCCAGGGUGAUCUGGGAUUUCCCGUAAUGUCAGGAAGUCUUCUCACGAGAUAAUUCGCACAACGUCGAAGCGGGUGAACCGUACGACCACGCGGCACCACGCCCAGGAUCCGGUAGCCCAGGUGCCUCGUGGCUGAGGGGCUUGGGUCCGUGUGGUCGCAGAGAGUUUCACCCACUUUUCCAGUGAUGUCACUCGGUCUUGUCCUUUGCUGGUGACGCUGUGGCUUACACGGGCGCACAGUGAGAGGUUCCAGCGCCACAGCAGGAGCCAGCAGCCCGUGUUCAUGGUCGUGGGCUGGAGCCCCUGGACGGAGCUCAGCCAUCCCCUUCAGGUGGCCCUGAGGUUAGGGACAUGCUGGAGCACAGUAGAAGGCUUCUUGAAGUCACUGGUCCUCCUUUCUGAAAAGGACAAAUUGUGUAAUACACAGAUAUAUGCACACGCAAUUCUAGUAAAAACAGGAAGUCUAAAAUAUACUCUAAUUCCUUAAAAAAUGUCUUUACAAAGAGGAGAGGAAAGCCCUUCCGGUGGCCGUAAGGCUGCCUCGGGCGGCAUCGGUGAGGACGCGCAGGGGCUCCGGUUCCAGUGGGGUCAUCUGUCACAGUGCCUAGGAGGUGGAGGUUGGGCUGACCUUGGCCGUGACCUCACGUGCCAAAGGGAAGGGAGAGCUGCUCAGAAGGUGCUGGACCGCGGGUGUGGCGAUGGCGUGCGUCUGCUCUCCAGAGAGCCGCUGGGUGAGGGAGGGUGCUGGCUGCCGGGCAGCCUGAGUCGUGGUUUGAGAGGGUCCCAAGCCUCGGGCCCCGCCCACCCAAGGUGUCUGUCUUCGUCUUUCAGGCCUGGGCGGCCAGGCGCCUGUGAGCGCGGUUUGUGAAGCGCUCCCAGGACACUCCGGGCAGGGUCCUGGGUGCCACGGUGUGACUCGUCAUCCAGACGGCUUUCUCUGCAGAAGGCGGCAGCCGGGGCGGCGUUAGCCGAGCACGGCCCGGGGGAUGUGGCCUUGUUUUUGUGAAUCAGGUUCCACUGAGGCGUGGCCUUAGCAGUCCAGGCACACGCGUGCAGCUGUGUUUGCGCUCGAGGGGGGCGCCGAGUGGGCACAGAGGCCGCCUGGUCCACAAAGCCAGCAGUCCCCACCGCCCGGCCCGGCCAGAACACGUGGUGGGCUGGGUGUCUGGCUCCGUCUGAGCACCAGCACUUCCUCCGUCACAGUCAGCUGGUCGGUGGGGGCACGAGCCCUCGCCUCCCCCAGCGAGGGGCCCCAGGGGCGGUGGCCUGCUCCCCGCGCCACCCUCUGCUGUGCAGAUGGUCAGUGGGUCAGCGACAGCUGGCUGUCGGGUCUCGGGGAGAAUCCUGCCUCUGGUUUGGAACUGGGAACCUGGAACUGGGUGCUGGGUGUUGAGGCUUCUGCUGACGGCCUCGCUCACCCAGGGCUCCUGCCGUGGCGGCUGCUGGUUCGCAGCACAGGCGUUCCCUGGGGAGAUGUGGCCUGGGCUCCAGCUCAGCUGCCGAGGGCAGUGUGGGGCUUGGAGGUCUCCGUCCCAGAGGACCGGCCCAGCCGUCUGUCUUAUGGAGGCCGGAGGAGAGAAGCCGCAGAGGGGACAGACUCCACCCGGGACCCUGCCGCUCAGGGUUUCCUUGUCAGUCUGGUUCCAGACCUCGUCUCCCUGGGCCUCGGAGACCCGUGAGGGGACGGCGUGCAGCGAGAGCACCUGGAACCCUUGAGCUCUCGCGCAGGAGGAGGGCGGUGUCCUUCCCUUGGGAAAGGGUGGCUGCUGGUUUCUCAGGCCAAGGCAGAACGCAGGGGGGGCUGGGGUGUCGAGGACAGGCUGGGUCUCCAAUGGGAGGGGCCUUUGAGCAGCAUCACAGGCUGCUCCUCCACUCGGCGACGCCCUUGACCUUUCCCGCGCUGGCUGCCCAGUCACUCUGCGAGGCGGCGAGUUCUUACGUGGGGGCCUCGGGCGUGUGUCUGUGUGUCCUGUGUCCUGCCUGUUGGUGUUCCCUCCGCCGUGUCAGGCGUUAGUAUUCCGAAGGCCAGUGUUUCAUAACUGGUGGAGGGUUUUUGGGUUGUCUUCAUAGAAGUGGGUUUGUUGAGCAGCUUUUUAAAGACGAUACUCUUUCAGGUGACAUUGCAAUAUCAGUAUUUUAAACUAGACCGUGUCAUGGGUUCCCAACCCCAGUGCUGACUGCUUGCAGGCCUCAGAGUGCGUGCUCGGGGGGCAGGAGUCCUUGGAGUGGGGGGGGGGGCGAUGCCUCUGGGUGGCUUCAUGGGUGGCAGAUGGCUGUCCGCGGCCACGGCUCUCUGGGGCCUCCCACCCUAGGUCCCGCCUGGGUGGGGGGAGCCCGCAGCUGCAGGAAGGCUCCUCAGCCACACCGUGACCACGGCCAUCGUGUGAAGCUGCGCGUGGCCCGGCCCCUCCCUCUCCUGCCGCGCAGCACGGGCGGUGGGGAGUGCGAGCAGCGAGCCGUCGGCCGCCCGGGGACGUCGUGUUGGCAGGCACGCUCGGUCCGCGGGAAGCCGGGCGCAGGCUGUGGAGGGGCCUCGAGGUGUCUGUCUCACAGGCGACUGGAGACUCGGCCGAUUGUGCACAGGGAGAUGGGG